CACCGCUCCCCAUCCUUACGGGGUACUUCAGCCUCGGUACAUACUUUACUGACUGCCAGCUACAUGGACGUCGACUAAACCGAUACUCUACUAUGCCAGCACAGUCUAAGCCUGUACAACAGCUGACCCCGUUUGGGUACGCUCUCGCGGGGGCGCUGGGAGGGUGUUUCAGUACUGCGGUUGUGUAUCCGCUAGAUGUGGCAAAGACGCGCAUACAGGCUACGAACGCGGACGCGAAGGGCAAGGGCAAGCGCGAUGACUUGUCCAUGUACUCCGUGCUCCUCCGCGUCCUGAAGGAGGAGGGCAUAUGGGGCUGGUAUAGGGGCUUCGCGGCGACCAUGAUUAACACAUUCUCUAUGCAAUACGCCUAUUUCUUCUUCUACUCGCUUGUACGGAGCUCAUACAUCAAGCGACUAACAGCCAAACUCCCCGCGGGAUCGAAAGCCCCCCAACUUUCAACAGCCGCAGAGCUUAUCCUCGGAGCGGUCGCGGGCGCGCUCGCCCAAAUAUUCACGAUCCCCGUCUCAGUUAUUGCGACUCGACAGCAGAUCGGACGGUCUUUCCAGUUCAGCUCGAAAGCACCGUCCAACACCCCAUCAGAGCCCCUGACCGUUUUGCCUUCGGAACAGAAGGCGCCGUCAGACGAUGACUACGACGACUCGUUCCUCGGUGUUGCAAAGGAGAUCGUCAAGGAGGAGGGGGUUACGGGGUUGUGGUUGGGCUUGAGGCCCGGCCUGGUGCUUACCGUGAACCCGGCUAUCACAUACGGGAUGUUCGAGCGGAUCAAAAGCGCCGUGCUGCUCGCCAGAGAGAAGGCGGGCGCCGAGGCGAAGAUGACACCAGGUCUCAGCUUUGUUGUCGGUGCUCUGAGCAAGACGCUGGCGACAGUUGUCACAUAUCCUUACAUUAUGGCGAAAGUCCGUAUUCAGGCCCGGACAGCAGACGAGGAGACCGCUGUCGAGGAGCAUCACCUCCCCCCGCCACACAACAAGCCCCACCACUUGAAAGACCACCACCCGGGCGCCUUGGAUGUUCUCAUGCGUGUAUACCGGAAGCAAGGUCUCGUCGGCUGGUAUCAGGGGAUGAGCGCGCAGAUUAUCAAGGCUGUGCUGUCGCAGGCUUUGUUGUUCAUGUCGAAAGACCAGUUCGAGCAGUGGGCUCUGGCGAUCAUGAUUCUGUUUUACAGGCUUCGGAGGUCAUCAUAGUCUCGGAAGGUUGUGUAUUGUAUAUAUAUCUUGCUAGUCCUUGUGGAUAUGGACAGCUAAUGGAUGCUAUGACCCUGGACGCUCCGGAGAUGACGCUGAAUAAGCGCAAAUGCCGAUCUGCUCUGAGUACGUUGGCCAUGAAGAGGUCAAGAGCUUGCAGUAAUUCGUACUUGGAUAUCUGGAGGUGACCGUGACUUACCAUUUUGCAUAUGGAUUUUGGGGUCGAGCAGUUAUUACGGCUUCCACUGGACGAGCCCUUUUCCACCCAACUGUUCCAAGCUUGACGUCAGUCACCCCCUUACCGGUUUAUGUACGUAGCUCGUUACGUCUGCAACGG